CCUUUGAUCAGAUGCGCAUAGUAGCCCACCACUGCUGUUGACUGGAGAAACUCAAGCAGCGACUGGCUGUAUGGGUUGGAAGAGGAAAGUGACACCCACGAAAAAGGCUGCGAGAUAAACAGAAUGGAAAUCGACAUAAGCUUUUUAUAUACCGAUGUGAUUGUGAAUGUAUUAUAGCUGUGUGUCAAGCCCUGGCCAGGGGGCUGGAGCCUCGGGAAUGUCUCAUGUCGGUCCACAGCCAGGCCCGCAGGAAGUGAUGCUGAAAGCCACCCGCAGGUUUCCGUCCAGGAUCUCGCCGUGCUUUCCCUCCUGGAGCUAGGACCGCGCUGACCCGACCCGGCCCGGCCCGGCCCACCCUCACCACAGCUCAAACUGCCCAAACACCCAGCUGCAGUUGCUCUCGCCUCUUGCACCGUACUGAAGAGCUCACCCACCACAGCUGCCUAACCCAGAAGCGAAGAAGAUAGAACUGGACUGGGAAAAAAACAAACCCACAUGUUUUUGGGGGCCUUUGAUAGUAUUUGACAUUAAGAGCUCCAAGCAUUGCAGUUUACAGUAUACUCAUCUGAAAGUGAUUUGGAUUAAUGCAUGUGAAGGACAGCUAAGUGCGCAAGUGUAAAUAUCCGCAUUCAUUUCGCUGUCUGGAAAUCUUCUCUCUCUCUCUCUCUCUCUCUCUCUCUCUCUCUCUCUCUCUCUCUCUCUCUCUCUCUCUCUCUCUCUCUCUCUCUCUCUCUCUCGCUACAUCCCACACACGCGCUUCUUCUCGCCCUUCCCACCCCCCUGGUUGUUGUGAUUCAGUAGAUUUGUGGAUUUUAUGGCAGUGACGUAACUCUGGAGAAGCCCGGGUACCACAAGCUCCAGGAUUUAGAGAAGAGAGGAGGGAAGGGAGAGAUGGAGGAGGGCAAGAGGGUGGUGAAGUCCGGGGGCAGCCGGAGCGGCCACAGCAGUCGCGGCUCCAGCUCCGGGGUGCUCAUGGUCGGCCCAAACUUCCGCGUAGGCAAGAAGAUCGGCUGCGGGAACUUCGGUGAGCUGAGGCUCGGCAAAAACCUCUACACCAACGAAUAUGUGGCCAUCAAACUGGAGCCAAUCAAGUCCCGCGCUCCUCAGCUCCACCUGGAGUACCGCUUCUACAAGCAGCUUGGCACCGCUGCAGAGGGCAUUCCUCAGGUGUACUACUUUGGUCCAUGUGGAAAGUAUAACGCCAUGGUGCUUGAGCUGCUGGGACCCAGCCUGGAGGACCUGUUUGACCUGUGCGAGCGAAGCUUCUCCCUCAAGACUGUCCUCAUGAUGGCCAUUCAGUUGAUCACGCGGAUGGAGUACGUCCACACCAGGAGCCUGAUCUACAGGGACGUGAAACCUGAGAACUUCCUGGUGGGCCGGCCAGGGAGCAAGCGCCAGCACACCAUCCAUAUCAUCGACUUCGGCCUGGCCAAGGAGUACAUCGACCCCGAGACCAAGAAACACAUCCCUUACCGGGAGCACAAGAGCCUGACGGGCACCGCCCGAUACAUGAGCAUCAACACCCACCUGGGGAAAGAGCAAAGCAGAAGGGAUGACUUGGAGGCGCUUGGUCACAUGUUCAUGUACUUUCUGCGUGGGAGCUUGCCCUGGCAGGGGUUAAAGGCCGAUACUCUGAAAGAGCGUUACCAGAAAAUUGGCGACACCAAGAGGGCCACGCCCAUCGAGGUGCUGUGCGAGAGCUUCCCAGAGGAGAUGGCAACAUACUUGCGUUACGUGCGGAGGCUCGACUUCUUUGAGAAGCCGGACUAUGAAUACCUCCGCAAGCUUUUUACCGACCUGUUCGACAGAAACGGCUACGUCUUUGACUACCAGUACGACUGGGUGGGCAAAACCUUGCCAACCCCAAUUGGUCCAGUCCCCAGUGACGCUCCCCUCCAGCCUAGCAGCAGGGACAAAACGCAGCAGCAGACCAAAAACCAGGUGAGGGUGAUGAACUCGACCAACGGGGAGCUGAACACAGACGAUCCCACGGCAGGCCACUCCAACGCCCCCAUCACGGUCACAGCUGAGCGGGAGGUGCCCGACGACACCAAGUGCUGUUGUUUCUUCAAGCGUCAGAAGAGGAAAGCACUCCAGCGACACAAGUGAGGAAGAGGAGCACAAGGCCUCGUCCCAGAAGAGGAAGAGGAGGAUAUUUAUACUCCUUUUAGCGCAAUAGGAGCUGCCUCUUGAAAGACUACUACAGACGACAAUGUAUUUUACACUAACAGGGGACAUAUACCAAGGACAAAUCUCGCAUACAAAGAGAAGAGCCUGAACGAGUGACAGACUCUGUAGGAACACGUGCUUACAUUUGUGGUAUGGGGAAGAGUAAGCCAGUCAUGGCAGUUCUAUCCCGGGUCCUUUAGUUGUAUUUUUUCCUAUUUUAAAAAAUUAAGUCUGCUAUUCCAGAUUCUCUUUAUCUCUCUAUCUCUCUCUCUCACUCCCUCUUUCUCACACUCUCACACACACAGAUACCUACACACAUCUC